UUCCGGGGUGGGAGGUCACGGGGCGGCCGGAAUGUUCCAGGUUCUUCAGGACCAGACUUGACGACGAUGGGAGCUGAGCAGAGCACAUAUCACGAGCACAAACAGCCAGAAUGUCAUGCCUCAGCAACAAAUUCCCCAGCAAAACAAAGAGCUAAAAUGGAUGAUAUUGUGGUGGUCGCUACAGGAACACACCCGCCUGCUCGAACCACAUGGAACGAUCCAGAUGUUAUUAAAUUGCAUGAAAUUCCAACCUUCCAACCCCUGCUGAAAGGAUUAUUAAGUGGUCAGACGACAGUGAGCAACAGCAAACUGGAGAGGCUGGAUUCGCAGCAAGUACUGAAGCUCUGUUUGCGCUACCAGGAUCACCUACAUCAAUGUGCUGAGGCAGUCGCCUUUGAUCAGAACGCCCUGGUUAAACGAAUCAAAGAGAUGGAUCUGUCUGUUGAAGCCUUGUACGGUGUCAUGCAAGAGCGGCAGAAACGAUAUGCCAAAUAUGCGGAACAAAUCCAGAAGGUGAACGAGAUGUCUGCCAUACUGCGCCGUAUACAAAUGGGCAUCGAUCAAACUGUCCCAUUAAUGGAGAAACUUAACAGCCUGUUGCCAGAAAACGAAAGACUUGAACCUUUCAGCAUGAGAGCUGAUAAAGAUAUCAAAUACCAGUAGGUUAUGACAGGCAGAUCUCCACCUUGUGACACUACUGGAUUUGUACAGAGUCUACAAUUUAGAUAUGACACCAGUUGAAGAAUCAUGCAUUUCCAGGUACAUUAAGCUUGACUGUACAGUAGUGUUCUAGAUUGCAGAGUAAUCGUCUUGGAUGCAGUGGCCCAGCUAUUAAAUGUUGCUGGAAUUGACAUUGUUUAUCAUCAGUUAUUGGUGGCUCUGCGUUGUACAUUGAUGCAGAUCACCAACAUGAUGUUAUAAGACUUAAUGAGUGUGUGGAUCUAUACUAGCAACCCUUUGCAGCGCUGUACAUCAGUAACUAUUCCAGUUAAAUUCAUGCAUGCAAUAAGGAUGUGGUUUUAAUAUUCUCUUAUUGUAAAGCUCCACCACUUAAAAAGCAUUGAUUGAUAUUUUGCAGCAUAUUUAGAUAGAUGUCUGUGCCUUGUGUAUAUAUAUCUGAACAUUGACUUCUCCAAUUUCAGGUAGUCCCUACUUUCUCCUCCCCUUCCCAGCUCUCCCACUGUCUCCGCCUCUUCCUUUCUUCUUCCCUCCCCCACAAAUCAGUCUGAAGAAGGGUCUCGACCCGAAACGUCACCUAUUCCUUUGCUCCAUAGAUGCUGCCUCACCCACUGAGUUUCUCCAGCAUUUUUGUCUGCCCAUAUUUUAAUCUGUACUUUUUCUUUUUUUUAUUAUAAAGACGUCAAUUGAGCUUGGGUAGUUAUAUAGACACAUGCUGGUGUUCACCUCAGGAAGCUGAAUAGUUGACGUUCGUGGAGAUAAAGUUCAGAGAAAAUGUGGUGACUGUUACCAGAGCUCUGUUGUCACUUCAUGUUUGAUCAUUGGGUUCCCCUUUUGUGAAUAUUUGAAAUCAUUUGCAAUUAAAUUGCACUAACAGGUAACUUAUCGUUUAUAAACUGUCCAAAUGCGUGGUGCCGUUCAUUGUAAGCUAAGAUAUGCAGUAAUAUUAAUGUGGAGAAUCAUGAAAAGUUAAUUUAAAACCUUUUCUCUCAUGCAAUGCUUUAAAAAUAACAUCUUCAUAUUAAAUUAAUAGAUAUUAAAAUGUGUUGCUUAUUCUAAAUACUGCUAAUAAUUCACAGUAGUUUUAUGUGUAACUUUUAACAAAUGUUACCUUUAAAGACUGGUAGAUUGAGCCUAGUUGUACCUGCAGCUCCCUGUUUGAUAGUUUCUCAGGCUGCACUGAACUGUAAAUAAUAUUUGUUUAAAUCGCAUGUUGCUGCUUAGUAUUUAUUAAUUUCAAUUUCUGGUCCUUAGUGGAAUCAGUGGAAAUAGCAUCAAUUGCACAGUUUUCCUCGUUUUGUAACCAUGUCCAGUUCAAUGUGAGUAGAAGUAAAUAGUGAUCAGUUUAUUUUUAAUUUUUUGAGUAUUCCAGAACACAGAGAAAGGACACUUGUAGAAUAGUGUACUUCCGUUUUGGUAUAAAGAGCACAUUGUCGGUUAAAUCUAAAGAACUCAUCUCUAAAUAAGAAUUUGAAAGGGAAUAUAAUGUUUCAUAUGAGUAUUCUAUACAGGAGUCAUCAAUGCCCUGUGUUUCAUUCACGCCAUAGCUUCAGGUAUCAAAUGUGUGACUGGUCGAUGGAACAGAUUGCAAAAUUCUUGCUGAGAUUUGUUAUAUUGUCUUUGUGUUUGAUGCCUUGUGUUCUCGUUGUGGAAAUAUGUUUUAUCUACAUAGUAAAAUAUGAAGUAUUCAUAUUCUAGUAGAACAUAGAAGUGUGCUUUAUGCAUUUAAGGAAACGCAGCGAGCAGUUUUUGUAGUCUGGAGCGACAAAUGUUUUACAUUGAAAUCAGACGUGCGCUUAGUAAAGUCAGGUGAAAUCAUUGAUAACAGCCCAUUGACUGUUUUUUUUUUUGCACAGUUUGGCUAACUAAUCACAGCCUCUGAAACUAACCGCUUUAUGAGAUUACCUACAGUUAUGUUAUAGAUUGGGAGAAAUGGGCUAGUGAACAUGUACUGAGAAAUGUUAGUUGUGUUCAUAUUUUUUCUCACCACCUUCUAAUGCCAGUUCUAGUAACAGUUUGUUUAAGUAGCAAUUUCACUAACUUUACGGUGAUAUUCUGCCACACCCUGUAUUUGAUUACUUGUGUUUUAAAAAUGUAAAAUAGAAGGAAAAAAUAAAAUUGGCUGCUGAAAUCACAGUGGGCACC